AUGGUGAAGAAGAAGACGAGAAGACGGACGGCAGGACACCUAGACGUGAGGAAAACAAUAGCCAGAGUGGCCGUCAGGUACUUCUGGCCAGGGAUGCAGAGGGACAUCCGUAAAUACGUCAGGAGUUCACUAGCCGAAGCUUUAAGAAGUUCCUCGGGGAGCUUGGCGCCAUAUACGCCGCAGGAGAAUCCCACAGAAAGAGUGAACAGAACGGUCAAGACGAUGAUCGCCCAGUUCGCUAGGAAGGAUCAAAGGACGUGGGACGAGCACUGGCCAGAGCUAAUGCUGGCAGUGAAUUCGGCAGUGUCGGAGUCCACGGGGUAUUCGCCGUGUUUUGGGACGCAGGGCAGGGAGCCAAGAAGGCCGCAAGCCCUGUUCGCUUUAGGCACAGGAGUUGUGCCUUUAGGCAAAACACUUUAG